AUGUAUCCAACAGUCAUGGCUGUGAUCGGUGUUGGAAGCAGUAUGGGAAAUAAUUAUAUUCGUAAAACAAACCGACAGAAAUGGUCUGAGGCCGACAUGCUUCAAGCUAUAGAUGCGGUGCGAGCUAAACGCAUGGGAUGGCUUAAAGCCACUAAAAUGUACAAUGUCCCAUUUGGGACUUUAAGACGCCGGGUAAAUAAUAUGAAUAAACGUGUUAAAGGUACCCAAAAAGGAAUGGGAACGAGCACGACAAUACCACUUGAAGCUGAGCAAGAAAUUGUUAAUCAUAUUCUUGAUUUAGAAUCAAGAUUAUUUGGUGUUACAGCUCUUGAAUUAAGACAGCUGGCCUUUAAAAUUGCAACUGAGAGAGGCUAUUCUCAUAAAUUUAAUACAGAAAAACAAUUGGCGGGGUGGGACUGGUUAAGCGGGUUUCGCCGAAGACAUCCGGAAAUAUCACUUAGAGCUCCAGAAGCGACGUCAGCAGCAAGAGCCAAAGGUUUUAAUAAAGUCCAGGUGAAGAAAUUUUUUGACUUACUCACUGACACCAUGACUAAUGAAAAUAUUCCUACUAGUAGAAUUUAUAACAUGGAUGAGUCUGCCUUGACAACAGUACAUAAGCCUCCAAGGGUAUUUGCCCGCAAAGGAAAAAAACAAGUAGGCGCUCUUACUAGUGGCGAAAGAGGCCAACAUGUAACAGUAGUGGCUUGUAUGAGUUCUGGUGGUCGUUUUAUUCCUCCAGCAUUAAUAUUUCCAAGGAAAAACUAUAAAGCUGAGUAUUUUGAUGGAUGCCCGCCUGAAACGUUAGGAUUGUGUUAUGAAACUGGAUAUAUGGUCUCAGACCUUUUCAGUAAAUGGAUGGAUCAUUUCAUUAACCACGUGAAACCAUCAAAAGAAGAAAAAGUUCUACUAAUCGUGGAUGGACACAGCAGCCACAAAUCGUUAAAUGCUCUUGAAAAAGCCAAGAAACACGGCAUUGUUUUGUUAUGUUUACCAGCUCAUUGUACACAUCGGCUCCAACCGCUAGAUGUCUCAUUUUUUGGCCCUUUGGAAACUUAUUUCAAUGCAGCAUGUGCCCUUUGGAUGAAAAAUCAUGUGGGAAGAACAAUAACUUUAUACCAGAUAAGUGGAUUAUUUUGUGCUGCUUAUUCAAAAUCUGCUACUGUUGAAAAUGCUUUAAGUGGUUUUCGAAGUUCGGGCAUAUCACCAUUAAAUCCAGACAUUUUCCCCGACCAUUUGUACGCACCAAGUGAAGUUACUGACAAUCAAAAUUGGUAUGAUGAAAACACCAACAAAGCUAACUUUACUGUGGAGGAAAAUGUUGACAAUAGUAAUAAUAAUGAGAAAGUAAACAGUGAAAGGGCAGAAAUUAUAGAAAAUGUCAAAACUGAUAAAAGUGAUAAUAUAAACCAAGCUAGUUCCUCAUCACUCGAAAAUAAUUAUCAAAUUCACAUUGGAAAAGAUAGGAGUAGUGAGGGCAAGUCUAAUCUCGAUAUUUCCAUAAAAGAGUGUCUAAAUUUACUGUCUCCUAUACCUGUAAUUGAGAAGACGGUUUCUGGAAAAAAAAGCAAAAAACGGCAAUCACAGGGAACUGCAGUUUUAACAAAAAGCCCUUAUAUUGCGGAACUGAAAGAUAAAGAAGCGAAUAAAAAGAAAAAAACGUUGAGAGCGUCAGCUAGAAUAAUCAAACAUAAACUGUUCCAACCUACGUGUGAUACAAGUAGUGAAGAAAAUGAUCAUUGGGAAGAUUUCGAAGACGAUGAAGAUGAUGCGUGUUGUCUUUAUUGCAAUGAUAGUUACAAGAGAUCUAGAGCCGGUGAGAAGUGGAUAAGGUGCAUUAGCUGCAAAAAAUGGUCCCAUGUCGAAUGCUCAGGAGUUAGUCCCAAAACGAAGCAGUUUAUCUGCGAAAUUUGCGAAGAAUGA